AUGUCAAAGCUUUUUUGUAUGGGUAAUCCUUUAUUGGAUAUUCAACCAAAUGAUCAAAUUUUAGCUGAAGAAAAACAUAAACCAUUGUACGAGGAAUUGGUUAAAAAUUAUCAACCAGUUUACGUUGCGGGAGGCGCAACGCAGAAUGCUGCUCGUGGUGUUCAGUACUUGCUUCCACCCAAAACAGCAGUAUAUUUUGGAUGUGUCGGCGAUGAUGAAUUUUCUAAAAGAAUGCGUGAAGUAGCUGAAGCAGAAGGACUAGUUGUUGAUUAUUUAAUUAACAAAGAAGUCAUUGAAAAAUGGAAAAUAGUAGAAAACGCAGAAUACUUUUAUAUUGCGGGAUUCUUCGUAACUGUUUCACCCGAGUCAAUUGAAAAAGUUGCUAAACAUGCUGCCGAAACCAAUAAAGCUUUUGCAAUGAAUUUAUCUGCAGUAUUUUUGAUGACAGUUCCCCCAUUUAAAAAAGUUCUAAAUGAUCUUGCUCCAUAUUGGGAUCUUCUUUUUAGUAAUGAAGCUGAAGCAGAAGCAUUUGCCAAAUCAGAAGGUUGGGAGGAAACUGAUAUUAAAGAAAUAGCGUUAAAAAUUGCAAAAUUGCCAAAAGUCAAUACAAAACGUCAACGUAUUGUAAUUAUAACACAAGGUUCCUCGCCAACGAUCCUUGCAUAUCAGAAUGAGGAUAGGGUUCAUGAAUUUAAGGUUAAUACUAUUGCCGAUGAUGAAAUUGUUGAUACAAAUGGUGCAGGCGAUGCUUUUGUCGGCGGUUUUCUAAGCCAAUUUAUUGAAGGUAAAAGUGUCGAAGAAUCGAUUGAAGCUGGUCACUGGUUGGCCAAACUUAAUCUUAAACAGAUUGGUCCUUCCCUUCCUAAAGAAAAAAUUCCUUAUACUCCAAAAAAAUAA